CCAGCCACAUCAUCUCGCAAUUUCUCCUCCUUCCGUUCUUUUCUUCCGAUCCCCAUCAUAUGUCUCAGAGGCCCAACGUUCCUCAUUCCUCUACCAUAGCUUUCGCUCUCCAUUCCCAUCUUUUCGUCUCCAGUGACAUGAAUCCCAAUUCCAACUGGUCUUUUUGAUCUCUCUAUCUCUCAUUCUUUCUCACAACACCCAAAUUAAAAAUCCAUAUAAGAAAGAAGAGAAAUUUCCUCCCUUCCAGGCUUCCUUUCAACACCCAAAUCAAAAACCCAUAUCAGAAAUAAGAGAAAUUUCCUCUCUUCCAAGCUUCCUAUCAACACCCAAAUCAAUACUCAUUUCAGAAAGAAAAGAAAUUUCCAAGACAUGGGUCUGAAAGCAUUCGUCGAAGGCGGCGUCGCCUCCAUCAUCGCCGGCUGCUCCACCCACCCUCUCGACCUACUCAAGGUCCGUCUGCAGCUCCAAGGAGAAAACUCAAUUCCAGCCCAGCCCAAUCUCCGCCCAGCUCUCGCCUUCCACACCACCACCGCCGGCGCCACCAUCCCGGCUCCUCCGCCGCCUCCCCGCGCCGGCCUGAUCUCGGUCGGCGUCCGCAUCGUCCGCACUGAGGGCGUCUCUGCCCUCUUCAACGGCGUCUCCGCCACAGUCCUCCGCCAGACCCUCUACUCCACCACCCGCAUGGGUAUCUACGACAUCCUCAAGACGCGCUGGACCGACCCCAACUCCGGCAGCAUCUCCCUCGUCCGCAAGAUCUCUGCUGGCCUCAUCGCCGGCGGCAUCGGCGCCGCCGUCGGCAACCCGGCCGACGUCGCCAUGGUCCGGAUGCAGGCCGACGGCCGCCUUCCCAUCGAUCAGCGCCGGAACUACCGCAGCGUGCUCGACGCCAUCGGCCGCAUGUCGAAGCAAGAAGGGGUCACGAGCCUGUGGCGUGGAUCGUCCCUGACCAUCAAUCGGGCGAUGAUCGUGACCGCGUCGCAGCUGGCGUCGUACGACCAGAUCAAGGAGACGAUCUUAAAGAAGGGCUAUAUGAAGGACGGGCUGGGGACGCACGUGACUGCGAGCUUUGCUGCUGGGUUCGUUGCGGCAGUCGCGUCGAAUCCGGUCGACGUUAUAAAGACAAGGGUCAUGAACAUGAAGGUCGAGGAAGGGGGGAAGGCCCCGUACGCCGGGGCGCUAGAUUGCGCCGUGAAGACAGUGCGCUCGGAAGGGGCGAUGGCCCUCUACAAGGGGUUCGUGCCGACGAUUUCGAGGCAGGGGCCUUUCACCGUCGUGCUGUUCGUGACGCUGGAGCAGGUCCGGAAGCUGCUUAAGGAUUUUUAAUUAUUGAUAUUAUCAUGAUAAUGACGAUAAUUAGUAGGAAGAAAUAUUCGUUUUUUUGUUUUGUUUUGUUUUAAGGCUCCUAAAUAUUUGGAAUGGCAAGAGAAUCUUUAUAUUUAUAUUUAGUACUUUCAUUUUUUAGUUUAUUCGUGGUGUUGUUGUGAGUGUUUGGGGAUGCAGAUGGUUUGUGUUGUGAAUUAUGAUGUGAUCUAAACCGUUGACAUGAUUUGUCC